AGAGAGCACACUGUGAACAGAGGACUUUGAUUUUCCAAGAUGCCUGCAAAAUGGAUGUCUACUGUGCUGCUUCUGCUACAGAUGACUUGCUGCUUCAGAUCUGGGAACUGUGGGAAGGUGUUGGUGUGGCCAAUGGAAUACAGUCACUGGUUGAAUCUAAAGAUAAUACUGGAUGAGCUUGCACAGAGGGGUCAUGAAGUGACAGUUCUGAGACCUUCAGCUUCCAUCUUUCUUGAUCCCCAAAAGUCACCUGGCCUGAAGUUUGAGAGUUUUUCUACAUCUAUCAGUAAAGAUGACCUGGAUAAGGUUUAUCAUAGGUUUGCGGAUGUAUGGACUAAUGAAAUAUCAAGAGAUACAUGUUUAUCAUACUCUCCUUUGCUACAAAAUUUGUUUGAUGCAUAUUCUGAUAGCUAUCUAAGUCUUUGUAAAGACACAGUUUCAAACAAACAACUGUUGACAAAACUACAGAAAUCCAAGUUUGAUGUGCUUAUCUCGGAUGCUAUUUGUCCUUGUGGAGAGCUGAUAGCUGAACUGCUGCAAAUCCCUUUUCUGUACAGUCUUCGCUUCUCUCCUGGCUACAUAAUGGAAAAGUACAGCGCAGGACUUCCAGUCCCUCCCUCUUAUGUACCUAUAAUUUUGUCAGGAUUUGGGGGUCCAAUGACAUUCAUGGAGAGGGUAAAAAAUAUGAUAUGUAUGCUUUAUUUUGACUUUUGGAUACAGCUUUUUAAUGAGAAGAAAUGGGAUCAGUUUUACAGUGAAACUUUGGGAAGGAGCACUACCUUAGCUGAGACAAUGGGCAAAGCAGAAAUGUGGCUCAUUCGGUCCUACUGGGACUUGGAGUUUCCUCGCCCAACCUUACCAAAUGUUGACUAUAUUGGAGGACUCCACUGUAAACCUGCUAAGCCCUUGCCCAAGGAAAUGGAAGACUUUGUCCAGACCUCUGGAGAGCAUGGUGUUGUGGUGUUUACUCUGGGGUCAUUGGUCAGGAACAUGUCAGAAGAAAAGGCCAAUGCAAUUGCAUGGGCCCUUGCCCAGAUUCCACAAAAGGUUCUUUGGAGAUUUGAUGGCAAAACACCAGACACCUUAGGACCCAAUACCAGAAUCUACAAAUGGCUUCCCCAGAAUGACCUUCUAGGUCAUCCGAAAACCAAAGCCUUUGUAACUCAUGGUGGAGCUAAUGGCAUCUAUGAGGCAAUUCAUUUUGGAAUCCCUAUGAUUGGCAUUCCAUUGUUUGCAGAACAGCAUGAUAACAUUGCCUACAUGGUGGCCAAAGGAGCAGCUGUUGCAUUAAAUUUAAAAACAUUGACAAGGUCAGAUUUGCUCAACGCACUGGAGGCAGUCAUAGAUAAUCCUUCCUAUAAAGAGAAUGCUAGGUGGUUAUCAACCAUUCACCAUGACCAGCCCAUGAAGCCUCUGGACAGAGCCACCUUCUGGAUUGAAUUUGUCAUGCGCCACAAAGGAGCCAAGCACCUGAGGCCACUUGCAUACAACCUCACCUGGUACCAGUACCACUCUCUGGAUGUGAUUGGAUUCCUACUGGCCUGUGUGGCAUCCAUAGCUGUCCUUGCCAUAAAAUCCAGUUUAUUUGUUUAUCAAAAGUUUGUAAAGAUGGGAAAGAAAAUGAAGAAUGAGUAGAGGUCACUGAGAAAGUACUACAUGAACUAAAUUUUGGAAUCAUUCUGAUUAAUGAACUGACUACUAAACAUUCACUGAUUACUUGAUCAAGGCAUAUCUUCUUUGGACGGAGGAAAUGGGAGGGGGAAUAAUGGAAUUAUAUUAUA